GAGUUUCACUCUGGCUACCUCCUCAGAGUCGGAGCUUCAGUCGGAGCCGUGCCCAGGCCGAACCCGAGCUGUAGCCCGAGCGCGGCGGUGCCCUCCGCCUGCCCCCUCGCCUUCCUCAGCUUCGAGGUGCCCUGGAAUUCGCCUGGCCGAGUCCCCAAGGCUUUCCGAUUUGCUCAGUUUCUGUUGUUUGCAUUUUCUGUCAAGAUGGGAACUCAAACAAGUCACUCCUCCUAAGGAUCUAGUGUCUUUGUCGAGAAGAGACAGUUGGUGCCGGCCCUCCAGAGAGAAAAGGUCUUCCGGAAGCACUGGGCAAUGACCCCGAGACUCCAGCCCAGAGUGGUCUGAACCCGUUUGGGAAAGCAGAGAGAGUCCUGGGGAAGAUGGCCAUGGCCCCAAGCCCUUCCCUGGCUCAGAUGUACGCCAGCCCCGUGGCGGUGGCCGUGUGGGAAUGGCAGGACGGGCUGGGCACCUGGCACCCGUACAGUGCCGCCGUCUGCAGCUACAUCGAGCAGCAGUUCGUCCAGCAGAAAGGCCAGCGCUUUGGGGUGGGGAGCCUGGCCCACAGCAUCCCCUUGGGCCAAGCUGACCCCUCGCUGGCCCCUUACAUCAUUGACCUGCCCAGCUGGACCCAGUUCCGCCAGGACACUGGCACCAUGCGGGCCGUGCGGAGGCACCUGUUCCCCCAGCAUUCGGCCCCUGGCCGGGGCAUCGUCUGGGAGUGGUUGAGUGACGAUGGCUCCUGGACGGCUUACGAAGCCAGUGUGUGUGACUUCCUGGAGCAGCAGGUGGCCAAGGGCAACCAGCUUGUGGACUUGGCUCCCCUGGGGUACAACUACACCGUCAACUACGCCACCCACACGCAGACCAACAAGACGUCGAGCUUCUGCCGCAGUGUGCGGCGCCAGGCGGGAGCCCCGUACCCGGUGACCACCAUCAUCGCUCCGCCAGGCCACACGGCAGUCGCCUGCUCUUGCCAUCAGUGCCUCAAUGGCGGUGGAACCGGCCCGGUGUCAGGCCGCUACCGCCACUCCAUGACCAACCUCCCCGCGUACCCUGUCCCCCAGCCCCCCCACAGGACCGCCAUCGUCUUUGGGGCCCACCAGGCCUUCGCCCCGUACAACAAGCCCUCGCUCUCUGGGGCUAGGUCUGCACCCCGGCUGAACAGCACCAACCCCUGGGGUGGGGUGCCACCCUCCCUGGGGAGCCAGCCCCUCUACCGCUCCAGCCUCUCCCACCUGGCACCGCAGCCCCAGCCCCCAGGACUGUCCGCGGCCGGUGGAGCCAGUGCCUCCCUCCCCGGCGGUCCUGUGAGCAGCCCUGGGAGCGUCCCCGCCUCGGUGCCUGUGCAGAUGCCGAAGCCCAGCCGGGUCCAGCAAGCCCUCGCAGGCAUGACGAGUAUUCUGCUGUCAGCCAUUGGACUCCCUGUGUGUCUUAGCCGCGCACCCCAGCCCGCCAGCCCUCCCGCCUCCUGUCUGGCCUCUAAAAGUCACAGCUCAGUUAAGAGAUUGAGGAAAAUGCCCAUGAAAGGAGGGACUCCAAAGCCGGAGCCAGAGCAGGUGAUAAAGAAGUACACGGAAGAGCUGAAAGCGGCCCCAGAUGAGGACUGCAUCAUCUGUAUGGAGAAACUGGCUGUGGUGUCUGGCUACAGCGACGUGACCGACAGCAAGACCAUUGGGCCAGUGGCCGUGGGCCGCCUCACCAAGUGCAGCCAUGCCUUCCACCUGCUGUGUCUGCUGGCCAUGUACUGUAACGGGAACAAGGACGGAAGUUUGCAGUGUCCUUCCUGCAAGACCAUCUACGGAGAGAAAACUGGGACCCAGCCCCGGGGGAAGAUGGAGGUCUUCAAGUUCCAAGUGUCCCUCCCCGGCCAUGAGGACUGUGGGACAAUACUCAUAGUUUACAACAUUCCUCACGGCAUCCAGGGCCCGGAACACCCCAACCCUGGGAAGCCAUUCACCGCCAGGGGAUUUCCCCGCCAGUGCUACCUUCCAGACAAUGCCCAGGGCCGCAAGGUCCUGGAGCUGUUGAAGGUGGCCUGGAAGAGGCGACUCAUCUUCACAGUGGGGACGUCCAGCACCACGGGAGAGACGGACACAGUGGUGUGGAACGAGAUCCACCACAAGACGGAGAUGGACCGCAAUGUGACAGGCCACGGCUACCCGGACCCCAACUACCUGCAGAAUGUGCUGGCUGAGCUGGCGGCCCAGGGGGUGACCGAGGACUGCCUAGAGCAGCAGUGACCCCCCCCAAGCCUGGCCGGGCCCCACCCUGCGCCACCUGCCUGCCUCCAGCCACCAGCCGCCCCCUCCCCGCGCUGCUGGCUGGGCUGUCCCUGGGAUGGGCAGACAGGAAGGUGCCUUUCCUCGGAGCCUGCGGUGUUUGUCGGGGGGCCUGCCUUCUGCCCCCUCCUCCCCUCCAGGCCUGGAGACGCGUGGGAGUUGGGCAGGCCUGGGAGUUCUACUCGUGGGGGCUUACGAUGCAGCUACCUCAGAGCGUGGGGCCCCGCCCUUGGGCUGCUUUGGGUCCGUAGUGCCGGGGGCCCGGCGUGGGGUGUGGCGAGGCUGCCCCAUCGUAGCCCGGGCAGCCGUGGUUCCGGGUCAGCUUCUCAUACCUCAGAUGUUGUGUUUGCAAUAAAUGCCCUAUAGCCAAAGUCA